ACACAAUUAAGCCAGGGAAGAUCAGCACAGAGAAACACACACAAGGAGGCUGAGGAUGUCUAAGUCACUUGAUUGGAAAGAGCUCAAGAACCUGUCUGAUUGGCUGAAAGAUGCCAUUGAUUCGAUGGGAUUUGAGCAGAUGACACCGGUUCAGGCUUCCACGAUCCCACUGUUCUCGAGAAACAAGGACGUUGUUGUUGAAGCCGUGACCGGGUCUGGUAAGACGUUGUCGUUUGUUAUACCGAUCCUGAAUAGAAUCAGCGCACAGAAGGAUAGAAAGGAGCUGUUUGGCCUUGUCGUUGCGCCAACUAGGGAGCUGGCGUUACAGAUUGAAAAGGUGUUUGAUAGUGUGUUGAAGUUUAACCCCAAGGAGGACAUAACGGUCCAGACCGUUGUCGGGGGUGUACAGACGCUGACUGAGGACGUUAGAGAGUUCAAGAGAUCCAAGCCUGAUGUUGUUGUUGGGACUCCUGGUCGUUUGGAGCAGUUCUUUGGCAAGGUGAUACCCAAAUCAGUGGAGGUGCUCGUCCUUGAUGAAGCAGACCGUCUGUUGGACUUGAACUACCAAAAGGAGAUGGACUUCAUCUUUACUUCCCUACCUAAGCAGAAGAGAGUUGGACUGUUCAGUGCUACGAUGCUCUCUGAGGUGGCAACUCAAAACUUGCACAGAACAGGCUUGAGAAACCCGGUCAGAAUCGUUGUCAACGCAAAGGGCCAUAAACCAAAGACCCUUCAGUUGAACUACACAGUCACUGAACCAAUGGACAAGCUGAUGAAGCUAUUAAUGAUCCUGAACAAGUACCAUUUCCAGAAGAGCAUAGUCUACUUCCCAACGUGUGUUUCAGUGGAGUACUUCUACGCUCUUCUGAGACAUUUGACACAUCACUACCAGCUCGAACUCUCCUUCUUUUCAUUGCAUGGCAAGCUGAAAUCACAGGCAAGAAUCAGAACCAUGGAUAAGUUCGACAAGUCUGUUGAGGCCAAGUCCGUUCUCAUGACCACGGACGUUGCUGCUAGGGGCAUCGACGUUGCCAAUGUUGACCUGGUUGUUCAAUUCGACCCUCCACAAGACCCUGACAUGUUCGUCCAUAGAUGUGGUAGGGCUGGUAGGGCAAAUAGACAAGGUCAAGCAAUCACACUGUUGAAUGAAGGCAGAGAAGAAGAUUACGUUGAACUGCUAGAAGUAAAGGGUAUCGAACUGGAUGAAUUGAAAGUUGAGGACUCCUCUUUCGGAGAUUUCCACCGCGUUGUUAAGGAUUGGAUGCUGAAGGAUAGAUCAAGACAUGAUAAGGCUGUUCGAAGCUACGUCAGUUUUAUCAGGUACUACUCUAAGCACACAGCAACUUCCAUCUUUAGACUGAAGGAGCUGGACUACCUGGGUGUGGCGAAGAGUUAUGGCCUCCUAAGACUCCCAAAGAUGCCAGAGAUCAACGGCGACUCCUUCCCCAAAGAUGGGUUCCUCGACACUUCCAUCAACUUCAGAGAGUAUUCGUACUUGGACGAGGCUCAGGAGGCAAAGAGGCUGGAGGAACAGGCAAUAGAAGACAAGAAGCUACAAAAUAAAGAAAAGAGGAAAGAGAAACGUGAAAAUAAAACAAAAACAACAUCAGAUAAUACAGCUUGGUCCAAAUCAAAGUCAAACAAACAGGAUAGAAGUGACAGAUUCCAACAGUCUCAAACCGCAAAACGGAGAAGAGAUUUGGAGUUGGUUGAAGAUGACGGUGAAGAAGACGAUUCAAGCAAAGAUUGGAAAGAACUAAUAACACAGAGUAAACAGGAAAAGAGAUUGAAGAAAUCUGGUCAACAGGUGAUGGGAGACUUUGACGGUCUUUAGAAAAACCACCUCAGUGGAAGUAGUUUAUACAAAACUCCGGCUCUGGGAAGUCAAUUGCAUUAAACAAGUCAUCUUUGGAUCUGAGGUUCGAAUAUUUCGUAUCGCAUAGUUCGUUUAGCUUGUCAAAGCCCUUAUCGAGCGCAUCCCAUGAUUCAGUACCAAUGGUCAGGAAGCUCGAAUAGAAUCCCGUAAAGUCAAUCUCCUCACCUUGAUAGUCAAAUUUCAAUUCAAAUGCAUUGAUCUUGCCCUCACGAUGACGUUUUAAUAUAUGCAAUAUGAUCUUCGCACGGUUUUGCAAACGCCAAAGCUGAACAUAUUGCUGUAAAACAGGGAAUUUGUUUAACUCUUCAAUGAUGCUCAAGAAGAAUUUGAGUAAAGAUGAGUAAGGAGUUUUAAAAUACUCAAAUCUCAAUAGGAAACUUUGCAGAUGUUUUAGCAAUCUCUCCAAAAGUUUAAAUAUGAAUUCAAAGAGAUAAAACUCAUAGCCAGAUUUG